AUGCCCCGCCCAAGGAAGCCUGGGGCACCGAGCCCGAAGCGCCGUAGCAGGAACGGCUGCUGGCCAUGCAAAUCUAGAAAAAUAAAAUGCGAUGAGGCACGACCAAUUUGCACCAACUGCUCCAAGGCCUCGUUGGCAUGCGACUACAGCAUUCGUCUCAACUGGGAAGGUAGGCGAACGAAGCAGGCCGAUACACACACGCCUGAAUCCCAAGACGAGUCUACAGGCGGUCAAAAUGGGCCUUCCACGCCGUCAGUAUACGCGGACAGCUCUGCUUCAUCGCCGGGCCUCAGCAGUGUCGGUACGCCCGGGUGCUUCUCGGUGUGGCAGGUGAAUGGGAUAGACGACCAGCCGAAUAGGCCGCGUAAGAGAGCUCGUGUAGAUGCAGAUGCUUCAACAUCCGCCGCCCUCUCCUCGCCAUCUAUGUCCUCAUCUGCCCACAGCCCCCCGGUCCCUCCACUGCGGCCGACAUCCACAGGCCACCAUUCCCGUCGACUUUCCGUCAACUCUCUGCUCCUGGGACCCCCUGGCCCCCUGGAGAACAUGGGCCCAAUAAUACCCGGUUUCCCCGCAGGAGAGACGGUCCUCCCCCCCAUUCAGGCCGGCUCGGACGACUCUUAUACGUGUUAUGGUAUCGACCGAGGCUUUGUGGACCUGGACGUCGUCAAGAACGACGACUUCAACGCCAUUUCUAGAACCCAUCCUCAGGACGUAGACGAGAUCGUCCGUCUGCUGGAGCAGCUCGGAAAAUCCAAUGACGGCCGCAGCGCUCAGCGGUCAAAGCAUCAACUGCAUGCCCGUGAUGAAAACGGUCGUCCAUUAGAGGGCCACUACUAUGCCAAACCGGUCGUGGUGCGGAUCCCACGGAAGCUCGAGCCGUUGCCGUCAAAAUUAUUGGGUAAUCCUAUGAACAUGAUGCAUCACUUUCUUAAUCAUACUGCAGAAGUUUUGGUUCCGUUUGACGGACCACGGUCGAACCCCUUCCGCACAAUCCUGCCUCAACUAGCUGUCAAGAACGACCACCUUCUCAGCCUAAUACUUGCAUAUUCUGCAUCCCACCGCGCAAAACUCUUCUGUCAGCCGGAGCCGGCGACCCGCAUCGCCCUCUGGGUCCAGGACAUCUUCCCGGCCCUGCGAUCGGCCCUCAACGACCCGAACCAGAGCAUCUCAAACACAAACGUCGCGACGGCCAUCAUGCUCGCAUCCAUCGAGAUCAUAUCCCCCACAGCUUUUGGGUACGCCAUACCCUGGCAGCGCCACCUGGCCCUGGCCCGGGACCUCAUCACGGCCCGACCGGGAGGGCUUCGCUGGUCCCGCUCUGUCGGCAGCAGCACCGCCGCCGCCGAGCACGACGAGAUACAAAUGUGCAACUUCCUCUGGAGCUGGUUCGCCUACCUCGACGUCCUGGGCAGCCUCUCGGGCGGCGGCGAGCGCGACGUCUCGUCGGCCUGGAUCCUCGACUACAAGGUUUACGCCCCCGAGGACGACGACGAGAUUGACUGCAUCAUGGGGUUCUCCACCGGCUGCGUCCACAUCCUCGCCAAGAUUGCCGAGCUGGCCCGCCAGCAGAAGAAAAAGCAGCAGCAGCAGCGCGAGGCGAGUAUAAAAGGAGCCCCAGUCCAAACGCCAGGGCAGAUCGCCCCCGACGAAGCAACGCUGGCCGCCGCCCGCGAGCUCGAGAGAGACCUGGCACGGUCCAUCGCGCUCCCGCCGCGGGCGUGCCCGCACAUAAGGGCCACCCCGGACGUCGCCCACUGGAACCUGGGCGAGAUCUCGGCCGUCAACCGCGCGUACCACCACGCCGGCUCCGUGCACCUGCAGCGCCGGGUGCUGGGCAAGCCAACAACCCAUCCCGACGUGCGCGGGCCCAUCGGCGAGAUUGUGCGCUGUCUGGACGAGAUCUCGAGGGGCGGUACCGCCGAGACCAGCAUGCUCUUCCCUCUGUUCACCGUGGGCUGCGAGACCGAAGACGAGAACCAGAGGCGCAUCGUGCUGGAUCGGAUGAGCUGUAUCGAGAGGACGGGGAUGGAACAGAACCGGCGAGCCAGGGAACUCAUGGAAAGGGUAUGGAGGACGGGUCAACCUUGGGAGUCACUGUUGACGACCGAGUUUAUUGGUUGA